AUGCCGUCCCAUCAUCUCCCAAGUAUUGGAAUACCUAUGAUCUACACGUUGGGCAUCGAUGCAAGCAUGACCCCCAAGGCUCCCGCAGCAUUCACUACUCGCAUAGACCGAGAUGACACACUGGCCGGACUGGUGAAGAUGGUACAUUUCAGAUACGCUUUCACUAGCCUUAUGAAGUAUCAGAGGGGCAUAGGCCUCCAGGGCAGGGCCUCGCGUACCUUGGUACUCAAUGAGAAGCUGGCAGCCAUCCAUGAUCGAGCUACUGAACGAGAGCUUGAGUCUCUGGUGAAGCUCUUCCUAUCUACUAUAACCAUGGAAAAGCUAUCCACCGAAGACGUUUCCGGCCGUAUUAUAGACAUGCACCGCACAAGUCUCCUUUACUGGGUGCACCUGGUUCAUAUGGUUGGGACCCCUUUCCAGCCCGAGGAUCAGCCCUUCCAUCACUUGAAGUUUCUCAAUAUUUACUUGGGCCCGAUUCCCGCAGGCUGGAUACGCCUAGACAAUUUCGUUCCAGGUCUCGCACUUCCCUGCAUCAAACAGCUCUACCUUCAAGAUUUCAUCGAGACAUAG